AUGUCUUCCAAGCACCACGUUAUGACUUAUGGCUUUGCCCAUGUGGUGAUCAACGCCAGCGACACGACUCCAAUUCUCAACGGCCUCGCGCCGCAAAAUUUGGACCUCGGCCUCCUGCUGGUGGCUGCUGCCACCGGCAAGGACUCUACCUCGCGGGCGCAGAUGCUUUCCAUUCUGGAUGACAAGUGCCCCGACGCCAGCCUUGAGUCCAUGCUUGUCGAGGCCAGCCGACGCGGCGCGGCGGAUGAGGACGUCGUCAUCAAGUCGACGCUCGGCCUGUUUUUUAAAGGCACGCCCAAGCCCGAUUUCCAGGCCAACGUUCCGGGCGUUACGCUGAUGCCCAUGCCGGAGAGCGCGGACGCGGUCAACGAGUGGGCUGCCCAGGAGACAGAUGGCAUGGUGACAUCGAUUGUGAAGACGAUCGAUGACAACGUGGUUGCCAUCCUCUCGGCGCUCAAGGCGCUCAAGGCCACCUGGCGCUACCCGUUUGAUGCGUCCAAGACGGCCGAGGGCUCGUUCAAGGCCAGCAACGGAGCCAUCCCGUGCCAGAUGAUGCACCACGUGUUCGGGGCAGGUCUGCCGGGCAUCAAGGUCGCCAACAAUGAUGCAUACCUAGGCAUCUCGCUGCCGUACGGCAACACGGGCUCGUUCUCCGGCCUGUUCUUCUUGCCCAAGGUUGACGAGACGGCUAUGGGGGCCAAGGCCCUAGCACAGAUGAUUGUGCUCGAUGGUGUCGGCCAGGAGACGAGCGUGACUCCGGACGAGUUUCAUCAGGGUAUGUACAAGAUCACGGCCUCCAUCCCCAAGUUCAAGGUCUCCGCCUCGACCAAUCUCAUUCCCGCCCUCAAUGAGGCUGGCGUCAACGACAUCUUCUCGCUCACCUCUGCUGACUUUUCCACCCUCACUGAUGACCAGAUCAGUGUCACGGCCUUUACCCAUGACGUCGUCAUCGAGGUGGAUGAGGCCGGCACCAAGGCCGGUGCCGCUACCACUGCCGUUCUCUCGCGCUGCAUUCCCCAGAACAUCGACUUUGUGGCCGAUCGGCCGUUUGUUUUCGCUGUCUACGACAACAUCACAAACGACAUCAUCUUUGCGACCACUGUGGAGACGGUGUAG